AUGAAGCGAAUAGAACAAAAGAGAAACUAGUGUUGGAAGGGUGUGCUCAAGGCUCCGGCAAUGCAAACACGUCUCGAGGACUAUGUGAGAAAUAUCGAAUGGCUUGAUGCCAAGCUAUUUCGACUAUUUCGACCUGCCAAUGAGUUAGAUCUUUGUCUGGAUAAACGGCUCGCCAUUCGCUACCACGCCGAUGAGGAGAAGAAGGUAAGGCUAUCACGAUCUCAAUCUGAUGAACUCCCAAAGACCACCACCACAACCACCGCCGCCGCCUCCAAAAGUCUUAUUUAUUUGCGAGAAUUAAAUAAGGAUAGUUCACCAAAUCUCACGCAGUGGAUUCACUGGUGA